CGUCAGCACAGAAAACAAAUGAACGUUUCUUCCAUCCAAGAAUUUUGCUUUGAACGAUGGCGUGCCCUUUUUUACGAGAUCCAAUUGACAUCGGGGCACAAGUUGUGAGAAAAACAAUACGAACUAAGCGUUUGUUCAAAGACAGACAAAAUCCUCUAAGUUUUUCCUAAGAAUACAUUAACGAGAGGUAUCACUUCUCGUCUCAUUGUAUAGUAUACCUGGCCGAUCUGUUGACACCUUCAUUGAGCAACGAUACACUCCGCAGCUGUGCGCUUACAGUAAUGCAAACACUCUGCAUUGGUUUACAUUUUUUCGCGUGUGGAGAAUAUAUGCAUGCAGUCGGUGACGCUGAAAACUUGAGCAAAUCCACAGUUUGUUGAGCCAUACGGAGAGUAUACAACGCACUGGCGAGAAUUCUCCCUGAUUUCGUGAAGUUCCCUGGUCAUUGCUCUCAACAAGAAGUUAAAGACGGCUUUUAUAGAAUAGCAGGACUACCUAAUGUAAUUGGUGUGGUGGACUCCACUCACAUACCCAUCAAAGCGCCUUCAGGACCAGAGGCAUCUGAUUAUACUAAUCAGAGAUCAUUUUACAGCAUAAAUGUGCAGAUGGUUUGUGAUUCGCAAUGUCUCAUCACAAACAUUGAGGCAAAGUGGCCUGGAUCUGUCAAUGACUUCCACAUACUCCAAAAGAGUGUGCUGUACCAUCAGUUUCAGCAAGGUUGUUUUGAUGGGCAGCUUGUGGCUGACAAUGAGUAUCCCUGUCUUCCAUUCUUGAUGACGCCAUACCUGAAUCCAAAACCAGGUGCAGAGAGCUGCUUCAAUGAGCCUACCGAUGGAUGGUUACAGUUUAUCUAUGCCUGGCCCUCACUCACCGGACUACCAUGCCUCCCCAAUGUCAGAACUCGCCAACUGCUUUACGGGACUCAGCGCCUUUCACACAGGUGACACUCCUCGGAGAUGUCUGGACCUGUCCAACCUCAGCACUGGGAGUGUAGACGAUGCCGCUGCACAGGGAUCACCACACAAAGACAAGCCUACUUCUCCAGUGGCCUUGGACUCUCCCGCACCAAGAAACAGUCGCAUGAAGAUGUUGCAGUCCUUCCUGCCCAGGUUGCUGUGUAGCAGUCCAAAGUUUCACCCCAGUGAACAUCCAUUCAGUUACAAGGAGAAUGUGGCCCCAGGGCAGAGAGCGCAAGGCAAGCCAGAGUGUUUGCUGCCUGCUCCAGACUCCCAGCUCCAAGGUGAUGGUGAGCCCUGUGCCCUGGGGAGCCCCAUCUUCCCUGCACCUCCCUCCCGAACCCAGCACUCCCCAGGGGAUGCAGAUGGAUUCAUGGAAAUCCUGGAGCAGGAAGCUGAUGAGGGUUCUAUUGCUGUCGCCAUGUCAUGUAGCAUGGCACAGUUGCUGUCUGAACCCCUCAUGAACCAGGAAGUGGAUCUCUCCUCUGUUUCAGUGUGUCGCCAGGAGGGACGCCGUCUCUUCCGAUCCCCUUCCAUGCCAGAGCGGUUGGCACGUCCACUGAAACGCACCUCCACCUCCCCCUCCCCAGCCAACCCCCGGCCACUCAAACGACACUGCACCUUCUCCGCCGUCUCAGAGGAGGUGGGCCAGGGAGAGGGAGACCAAGGGGCUGGAAUCAACAAUGAUAGGAGGCAGCACCUGCAUAAGAGGACCCACUCUUUGUGUGACGUGGAGCAGCAGCUGGGUGGGGAUGGGAUCAAUGCAGAACUCAUUGGAGACUUCAGCAAGGUGCAUGCCCUACCCACUGUGACAGGGAGACAUCAAGGCUUGAAGUACAUCACGGUUGACACAAUGAGUGCUCUUCUGGAAGGGAAGUUCAGCUGUUUGGUUGAGUCUUUUGUCGUGGUGGACUGCCGCUACCCUUAUGAGUAUCAGGGAGGACACAUUAAGGGGGCGCUGAGCCUUCCCAACACAGACAAGGCAGUGGAUCAACUGCUAUCCCAGAGGCUAAAAGCCCACUCUCCUGAUAAGAGGCUUGUGCUAGUGCUGCACUGUGAAUUCUCCUCCGAAAGAGCACCCAGAACGUGUCACCUCCUGCGCAGUGUGGACCGCAGUAUGAACGAGUACCCAGCCCUGCACUACCCUGAGCUCUAUGUCCUCAAGGGUGGCUACAGAGACUUCUAUCACUCUCACCAGGAGCACUGUGAGCCCCAGUCCUACUGCCCCAUGCACCACGAGGACCACAGAGAGGAGCUUCUGCGGUGCCGCACACACAGCAGAGCCUUGGCCGAGGAGCGCCGCAGACGCCACCACAUUCAAACUCUCGUCAAACUCAAACUCUGAGGCAGUCAUGUUGGGGGGGGGGGGGGAACAGCCACUCAGAGGGACAGCUGAGUCCAAACGGUGACCUAAAGAUUGUCAAUUUAAUUAUCUUUGUCAAAAGAAUGUGUGAUAACAAAUUGGCCUUUUGUUGUUUGACAGCUUUCCAAAUAUAACCUUUUUCAUAUGCUGCCAUGGAAACUGUGCAUAUGUGAUCACUGCUGCCUAGUUUUGUCUAUUUUCUUUGGAUGGCCAUGAAUAAUAACAACACUGUCCACGCAUAUUCAUUACUGCCUGCCAGUUGAACAGGAUAUGUAAUCCACUGAUCUCACUGUCUUUUAAUUACAGUAGAGUCCCCCGGUUAAGGGCUUUCAUUUUUCAGCAUUUGAUAUUGCUUUAAUUUCAUUUCCACAUUGUAGAGCAGAAAGGGUGGCAUUAUUUCCAGUGUCAAUCAUGGAUAUAUAUUUAUUAUUAUUGGGGAUCAUGAUUUUAUUUGAACUGUUCUGAAUAACACUUUUUUAAAUUGUUUUUUUUUUUUUAACCAGGGUGAAUGACCUUGGAGUUUAGGUUGAAUAUGUUUUUAAAUAACUUAGUUUAAUGUUUUGAUUGUCAGGUAGUUGAAAAUUAAUUAAUUUCUGCAUUAACAAUGAUGUAUAAUUAAAAAACACACAACAAAAUGUAA